UUUAAAUCCAUCCGCUUCUUCUCAUUUGACACCUAGGAUUUGUUUUGUGAGACUUUAUUGGCUUCGUGCGGUUCUCGGUAGAUGAGAGGCGGUCUUCCAAGUCCUGCAAGAAAGGUCCACAAGAGGGUAAAAUGGUCCAAACUAACUCGACUUUACUGGCUUCGUGCAACCAAGCAGGCACAAUGACCCCGAGGCGGUCUUUGUUCUCGACACCAGAUGACCUCCCAAUAUUGGGACGCGGUCAGUCUCACGAGACCGUCCGACAUAAAGGACCAACGACCUUCUGACCCCUUCCUACGAAG